AUGAACUCGACCACAGCCCAGCAGGCCUUCUACAAUACACAGACCUCAGGACAAUGGGCCGACGUGCCUCCGGUGGGAGUCCGAGGUGGUUACACUGGUUUCGGCAAUAGUGGCGGAGGCGCGACCGCCACGAAUGGAUACGAUUAUGGUAGUCAGGCCGUGAACGGUUAUACAAUCCCACCACCAGGAUAUGGUCAAACAAUGACCUUCGCUUCAAACGGUGGCCCACCUCCGAGGUACUGA